AUGUCUGACUAUGGUGAUGAGGGCGGCUAUGGCCAGGAGGAGGCCGAUGAUACCUUCUACGAGCCCGAAGAAAACGUCGAGGAGUUCGCCCCCGAUGCUGAGAUCGACGAGGCCGCCAUCGAGGACCGAGCCAAUGCGGCAGACGGCGACGAGAGGACGGUGGUGACCGGCGACCCCAAUCAGAAUCUCCAGAAACCAUCGAGCGAUGCCGACAAGAAGAUUCCGGACGAGAAGAGAACCACUACACCCUACAUGACAAAAUACGAGCGCGCGCGCGUCUUGGGUACCAGGGCUUUGCAGAUCAGCAUGAAUGCCCCCGUCCUGGUUGACCUUGAAGGCGAAACCGAUCCGUUGCAAAUUGCGAUCAAAGAGUUGAACCAGAAGAAGAUCCCCCUUGUUGUCCGCCGGUACCUACCUGAUGGAUGGUAUGAAGACUGGACCUGUGAAGAAUUGCUGUGA